AUCUUCUCAUCACCACUCAAAACACUAGCUAGGCCUCAAUUAUUUGGUUAAUUCAAAUUAUAUUAUAUAGUUUGAUAAUAGUAUUUUCACAAUGGCUGAUCCAAGUUCAGCAUCUUCUAAGAGAAUGUGGUGUUACAUUCCUGAAAGAUUUCAACUCCAUGUGGCCAUGUUGGCCUUGCAGUUUGGUUAUGCUGGUUUCCAUGUUGUCUCAAGAGCUGCCCUUAACAUGGGAGUUAGCAAAUUUGUUUUCCCUGUUUAUAGGAACAUCAUUGCUUUGCUUCUCCUUCUUCCCUUUGCUUAUUUUUUGGAAAAGAAGGAUAGACCUCCGAUUAGUUUAAACUUCCUCUGCCAGUUCUUUUUUCUAGCACUAAUUGGGAUUACAGCAAAUCAAGGAUUUUACUUGCUUGGAUUGGACAACACAUCUCCAACGUUCGCAUCAGCAAUACAAAACUCUGUACCUGCCAUUACAUUUCUAAUGGCAGUAAUACUAAGGAUAGAGCAAGUGAGAUUGAAUAGAAAAGAUGGAUUGGCAAAGGUAGCAGGAACAAUAUUUUGUGUAAUUGGGGCAACAGUGAUAACAUUAUACAAAGGUCCAACAAUAUAUAGUCCUACAAAUGAUAACAUGAAAACAACAAUGAUGGUUGAUUUUGGAACAAUGUCCCUUGGUGAUGCAAAGGGAAAGAAUUGGACACUUGGAUGUGUCUAUUUAAUAGGACAUUGUUUGUCAUGGUCUGGUUGGCUUGUUUUUCAAGCACCUGUACUUAAGAAGUACCCUGCAAGACUUUCUGUUACUUCUUAUACAUGUUUCUUUGGUCUCUUGCAAUUUCUUUUUAUUGCUUUGCUUGCUGAAAGAAAUUCUCAAGCUUGGAUUUUUCACUCUGGUGGUGAAGCUUUCACUAUUUUAUAUGCGGGAGUGGUAGCAUCUGGAAUUGCAUUUGCAGUACAAAUAUGGUGUAUUGAUAGAGGAGGUCCUGUUUUUGUUGCUGUGUAUCAACCUGUUCAGACUUUUGUUGUUGCUAUUAUGGCUUCUAUUGCUUUAGGAGAACAAUUCUAUUUGGGAGGGAUAAUUGGGGCAGUGUUGAUUGUAACUGGACUAUACCUUGUGUUGUGGGGUAAAAGUGAAGAGAAGAAAUUUGCAUUAAUUGGAUCAUCCACUACAGAACAUAGCAUCAUUAGGCCCACAAGCCACACUAAAGCAUCACUUGCUCAGCCACUUCUCAAUUCUUCACAAGAAAAUGUCUAAUCUACAAAUUCAUUAAGAUUAUGAAGAAUUAGUGAUACCAUACAUUACUAUUACUACUACCUUAUGUUGGGAAAAGCUUGUGUGUGAUGUGAUCUAAUGGUUUUUUUUUUCCUUUAUUUUAUUUUAUUUUAUUUUUUUUAAUUUAAAUGCUUUCCUAGUAGAUUAUUUAGAAUGUGAGAUUUUAUGGGAACAUUGUAAUCUUGGAUGUCACUUAAUGUGGGGCCUAGAGCCUAAUGAAAAAUCCCAUAUGCUUUUCUUUUAAUUUUUUUAAUGGUUUGAUUACGGAAAGAAAUUACUAUUUGAGAUUAUUAUAUAGUCAUGAUUAUUAUGUCA